AUGUCCGAGUUCCUCGAUGCCUACUGGCAGGCGCCGCCUGUUGCAAGAACAUUUGCAACAGCCGCGUUCGUCACCUCUCUUUCUGUUCUCUUGGGCGUCGCAAACGGAUACUGGUUCAUCUUCAUGCCCCAGUUUCUCUUCCAGAUCCCGCCUCAGAUUUGGCGUCUCGGGACCAACUUCUUGCUCACUGGCCCCCAACUUGGCCUGCUCUUUGACACGUACUUCCUGUACCACUACCUGACGGCGCUCGAGGUCGGCAACCCUAGGUUCGCCAGGCGCGAGGAUGUCAUCUGGUAUCUCAUGUUCGUUUGCACUGUCAUCACGGCACUCUGCACCUACCUCAUGGGCGGAGGAGCCUUCCUGCCGGCUUUGAUUCUCGCCAUGUGCCGUACCGUCACCCAAGACCAACGUGGGAUGAAGGCCAACUUUUACUUCGUCACCAUCCCCGCCCAGCUCACUCCGUUCUGCAUGAUGCUCGUGUCGUUGCUGUUCCCUGGCGGAUACUACACCGCCAUGCUCCAGCUUAUGGGCUUCCUGGCCGCUCACCUCUAUGAUUUCCUGUCCCGCGUGUGGCCUGAGUUCAGCGGAGGCAGCAACCUGAUCCCUACGCCCGGCUUCCUGUCUCGUCUUGUGCAGACGCCUCGCUUUAAUCAGCGUGGAUACGGAACCGCUGUUCGCGGUGGUGGUGGCUCCGCCCAAACUUCGGGUAGCAGCACUGGUGUAUCACAGGGCGGCGGUGUUUUGCCCGAGUCGUGGAGGACGAGGGGGCCUGGUAGACGUCUAGGUUAA